GGCGUGAUGACCUCAGUGCAACAUAAACAACGGCUUUAAGUGUGAAGGCUAAGGGGCUGCUUAGUUUGUAACCGCCGACACUAAAACAUGGCAAAGAAAGCGGAGGUUUCCGGGAAUUAAUGGCUGUAAUUAUGUGAAAUUAACAUAUUUGUUUGCUCCAUCCUUAGAUCGUAAUCUGUGUCCACCAUGUCGUCGCGCGUGUUGCUGCGCCAGCAGCUGAUGCGAGAACAAGCCCAGGAGCAGGAGCGGCGCGAGGCCCAGCAGCAGGCCUCCGCCUCCCAGCUCAGAGCGUCCGACUCCACUCCAGCUAUCUCCGUCUCCCUGCCGACCAACGCCGCUCGGCCCCCACCGGCGCAGGUGCCUGUGGAGGUGCUAAAAGUGCAGACGCACUUGGAGAACCCCACCAAGUACCACAUCCAGCAGGCCCAGAGGCAGCAGGUGAAGCAGUACCUCUCCACCACUUUGGGGAACAAGGCGGUCACGCAGUCGCUCGGCGUGUCCCCCGUGCACCAGUCCAGUUCGGCCCCCGAAGUCGGCCCCUCCGCCAGCAGCGCCCCCAACAGCCCCAUGGCUCUGCUGAACAUCGGCUCGAACAAGGAGGAAAUCGAUGAUGUGAUCGACAACAUCAUCAGUCUCGAAUCCAGCUUCAACGACGACAUCAUCACCUUGAUCGACUCGGGUCUUCAGCUGCCCAGCACGCUCCCGGGAAACCUGCUGGAUGUUUACCACAGCCCUGGAAUGGCAGCUCCUACUCUCACUGUCAGCAACUCCUGCCCUGCUGACCUUCCACAAAUCAAAAGGGAAAUUAUCGACACCGAUGCCAAAGCAUUAUUGAAGGAAAGGCAGAAGAAAGACAACCAUAACCUCAUCGAACGGAGGCGAAGAUUCAACAUAAACGACCGAAUAAAGGAGCUGGGUACUCUGAUCCCCAAGUCGAGUGACCCGGAGAUGCGUUGGAAUAAAGGCACUAUCCUGAAGGCCUCUGUGGACUACAUCAGGAAGCUACAGAAGGAGCAGCAGAGAGCCAAGGAUGUCGAAAUGCGCCAGAAGAAGCUGGAGCAGGCCAACCACAUUCUAAUGUUACGCAUCCAGGAACUUGAAAUGCAGGCACAGCUCCAUGGACUCCCAGCUUCCCAGCAGCAGGCGGUGGCGGCGCCCCACGGCGCCCAGAACCCCGGCGCCGCCUCCACCCUGAACCUCUCGGCUCUGAGCGCCAUAGCUCAGCCGCUGCCGGCCUCCUUCCUCUCGCCGCCCUCCUCCGACUCUCCCGCCGGCGUCACCAUCAGCAGCCCGCUGGACCUCGGCAGUCUGAGCUUCGCCGAGCUGGACGACCCCGCCUCCUCGGCGCUGUACCCGGAUGUGGGCCUGGGGGACAUUCUCAUGGACGACGGGUGCGCCCUGUCCCCGGACAGGAUGGGCGAGCCGCUGUUCUCCCCACUGUCACCAGGUGCCUCUAAAACCAGCAGCCGCAGGAGCAGCCUUGAAAUGGACGAGGACUUGUGAUGGGUUUCCAUAGCGAUCAGAGAUGAUCUAAAAAGGGCAGUCUAUCCCUAAUAACUAAAGUCUAUUUAUAGGACUGAAAAGACAAAAGUUCAAAGCGAUCAUAGAAAACUAACUUAAUAUUGAAUCAGAAGAGUAGUUAUUGAAUUUAUUAUAAUUUUUUUUUGCCAUACAUAUUGUUCCUAUUGGGAACAGCUCAAAUGAUUGUCUAGGUUUAUAAAUGCAAUCUUAUUAAAUGGAAUAUUAUAUAUUAGUGAAGUGGACCUUUAGCAUUAAGAAAUUCAGUAGGUUUCAAGACGAAUUCAGAGAUUUAAAAGGGACGUCUUGCUUUUAUUUUAUUUUUUUCUAAAUUUAUUAUUAUGAUGAGAAAAGCUGUGAGGAUUCACCGGCAUAGCAAACAUACCAAGAGAUGCCAACAAUUCAGAAUAACUUUUAAUUUAAAGUUUUGCUUCUUCAACUGACUGGAAUCAGGGUUCGUCGUUCGCUCCUGUUGGUUGUCUCACCAGCAGCUACAGAAGGGAUCUUUUAAAUCACAGGUCUCAAACUCCAGUCCUGAAGGGCCACUGGUCUGCAGUUUUUAGAUGUGCCACAGCUACAAAACACUGGAAUCAAAUGGCUUCAUUACCUCCUCCUUGUGUAGAGGUUCUGCUAAUGACUUAAUUAUUCUAUUCAGGUGCUGCAGCAGAGGCACUUCUAAAAGCUGCAGGACUGCGGCCCUCUAGGACCGGAGUUUGACACCUCUGUUAAAAUGAAUUGGCACAUUGUGAAAUAUUUACUGCAUUUUGUACAUAAGAGUAUUUUAUUUUGAGCAAUUUUAUUGCACCUUACUUUAAGGCAGUCUAUGCAUUUUAUGAGAGCUUUUUGUUUUUGUUUUUUUGUUUAGUACUUUACAACCAGUGGGCUGUUUCUAGGCCCGGUCGCAUGUUCUUGUGAUAAUAAAGCCGUACAAGCUACUGGUUUAGCCAAAGCAGGAUUUCUUCCACGUUUUAUUUUUUGAGUUGAUUUACUUAGUAAACGCAUGAGUGUCUGAGAAGAGAACAAUUUUCCAACAGUACUGUAGCUCAUAACUUUUUUAUAUAUAUAUAUAUAUACCUGAUAGUUUGAUAAAUGCUUUUUCAUGACUAAUAUCUAUUUUUGUCUUUUCCUUUUAACCUUCUAUGAUCACUGAAUGACUUUCACCAGUUGGCAUGUUUUACUCCGAUUGUUUUACUUUGCGAUAUAAUUUCUGAUCAUGCUUUAAUAUCGCUCGUUGUAUGUGCUAAAGAGGGCUUUGGCUCUCUUUUUUAAAAAAACCCAACAACUACUAGUUUCAUCUCAGAGUUGAUUAGAAAAAUGGACGAUCAAGUGGGUGCAAAUAUUAAGAAUUGUAUUUAAAUUUUAGUUAUUUUUCUAACACCAACUUGCUAUUUCUGUUCAGCAGGCGGCUUGUAGCUCAUCAUUCAAAAGUUGGAGCUAGGUCUCUUUAAAGGUGCUCCACACCAAAGCACACUUCUUCUCCUCUCAUGUUCUUUUUUUUUUUUUUUUUUUUUUGCAUAUGUGCAACUAUUAUGUACCACAUGUUCUCCUCUGGUGUAUGUGUGAGAGUUAAAACUGACUGUUAGACACAAACACGUGCGUGUUGUCCCCCUCCCAGUAAUUUGGCUUUUGUUAAAAAAAACAAACUUUAACAAAUAAACGACUUUCUUCAA